AUGGCCACAAAUUCUCAUCGUUCAAAAUCGCAAACUUUUCAUUUGCUAACUUCGCCAACAGAAGAAGUUGUUAGAGAAGGGAGUCCUGAGUACUCUCCUGCACCUCUAGUUAGGCCAAGUGGCCCUGAAAGAGAGCCUACAUCAAGAACUAUCUCGUCUCAGUCGCCUGCUUCGAUCGCCACACUAUUAGAGGCUCUCCAUCAUAAUAUACAUGCAUCGGCCUCAAAUACUGAAGAGAUUAGUGGGGUAGAUAUGUUUGAACGGUUUCAGAGGCUGAAGCCACCGUCCUUCUUAGGAGCACCAGAUCCAGUUCUAGCAGAACACUGGCUGAAUAGAAUGGCCAAGAUGAUGAGGUCGUUGGGUUGUUCGAAUGCCCAAAAGGUUAUUCUCGCCACUUAUGCCUUGGAAGGCGACGCCGAUAUAUGGUGGGAAGGCAUGCUAAGAAGAGUCUCAUCUGAUUAUGAGUGGACCUGGAAUGAGUUUAAGAAAAGGUUCAAUGAAAAAUACUUUCCUCCGUGCUAUCGCCACGAGAAAAUAUCUGAGUUUCUCAAAUUGGAACAAGGGAAUAUGACAGUGUCACAAUAUGCAGCGCACUUUGACGAAUUGUUACGAUAUGCACCAAAGGCUGUUGAGGAUGAGGAAUAUAAAUUGGAAAAGUUUAAGGAAGGUCUCCGACCGAAAAUCCAGUUGGGAUUGUGCACCUUCGACUUUACUGACUUCGCUGAUCUCAUGGACAAAGCCAUGUGA